UCACGCGUUUGAAAGAAUCCGGAAGUGACGUCACGCGUUAGUGCACUUCCUUAGAUUCCCGCGAACUUUUGUGGAUGCAAAUGUUAGUCUUCUAGAGCUUUAGACAUGGGUGAUGAAGAUGAGAUUGGCGGCGGUCCCUCGGGAGUUAGUGACGAAGAGGAUGAUCCAGCACGCAGAAGAGAGAUCAGAAGCAAGUACAGGGAUCUCAUCAAUUCUGUCCAACAAAACCGUGAGGAUAUGUUGAACCCCGCUAACAAUAAACUCAUCGAUGUUUUAGAGGAGGCCAACAGACUUUUUGCCAGUGUUAAGCAGGCUCGUGAAGCAGCACUGGACGCUCAGCUCCUGGUUCUUGCCACUGAUCUAGGAAAAGAGAAAGCCAGUCAACUACAUGCCGAAGGCUCUGCAUUUGACCCCAGUGCAUUUGCAGAACAUCUGUUGUCCUUCAUGGGUCUGAAUCGUUUGGAGGAGGAUGAUGAUGAUCAGGAUGGACAUUUGAAUGGAUUUUUACCACAAGAUGCCUGGCAGAAGCUUGCAAAAAGAUCUGAAGUCUGCUUCAAAACCGCCCCAUCAUUCCACUACAUGUUGGGCUCAUUUUUGGCAGAGCCUCCUCCACCACGUCAGCGAGUGGAAAGGCAGAGGAAGGCACCCAGCAAAGAGGCAAAACGAAUUAUGCCCACUCAGCUUAAGAAAAUGGAAGAAUCACAGCAAGAAGCUACAGAGAAGGAGGUGGAAAGGAUUCUUGCAUGUCUGCAAAAAUACUUUGCAGAUGACCCUGAGGAACCUAUUUCAUAUUAUGAGUUCGUCAUUGACCCUAGCUCCUUCUCACGGACCGUAGAGAACAUCUUUCACACCUCUUUUCUCAUAAGGGAUGGUCUGGCAAAGAUCAGCUUGGAUAAGGAGGGACUUCCUUGUAUAGGUCCAGUAGAAGAAGGUGAGAUAGAGACCGGUGGAGCAGCUGACCGUAAUCAGUGUGUCAUCUCCAUCAGUCAAGCGAGCUGGAAGGAAAUAAUUGAAGCAUUUGAUAUUAAGGAAGCUUUGAUUCCAGCUCCAAAAACAUUGUCACAGGAAAGCUAAGUAGGAAACAAGUGUAAAUAUGCAACAACUCCUACAAUGUUUGAAAAGUUGUUUAUAAAGUCAAAUGUUUUUUUAAUGUUUAAGAUUUUAAUUUUAAAGUGAUAUUUUUGAAUUGUGUAUCAUUUGUAAUAAGUGUGUCUUAAGCAAUAAAUGUCAAGUGAACUUGGCAGUGUUGAAAUACAAGACGAAAGAGCUCUCAAUCACUGGCGUCUUUUGGUCAUUUUUUCCAUAACAAUUCCAAUAUAGUAUGAACAAAAAUGCAGAAAUUUCCUAGAUUACCUUUUUCAAGCAUGCACUGUAAGCCUUUAUGCAAAUUUUGUAUCUCUUUUGAAAGUCAAAACUCUUCACACACCCUUCUAGCCACAGUUUGAGAGUUAGUUUAAUCUAUCAAAAAGCAUAUUUCCCUGUUAUCAAAUCAGAUGUUUCGUUUUAAUUUAUCAAACUGGACUUUUGACCUCGAUAAAGAGAUUGCUUGUUCACGGUAUUUCUAGUAAUGCAGUUCUGUUUGGAUUUCCCUAUGCAAAUCAUAAGUCUUUGUACUAAAAUCUAGUAUGUAAAUAUGCUGACUUUCUUUGUCUGUAAAUGCAUGUAGAAUACAUGUAAAUAGCACCAUCUAGUGGUCAGUCAUGUAUUGUAUUUUUGAAAUGAAUGGUGUGAUUUUCUAUUUGUAAAUAAAAUGCUAUAAAUCAAAUUUAUCAAUCAGGAAAACACCCAAUUUAAAAAAAUAUAUAUAUGUUAAAUAAAAAGAUAAGGUUAUGUCUAAAUAAAGGUAAGGUCCAGCUAGUUUGACAGCAAAUGUGUGUUGAUUGUUAUGCAUUGUAAUAGUUAUAAAUAGUAAUACAUUCAUAUUUCACAAUAAACAAUA